CGAGGAUUGCGUGGAUAGCUGGUAUAAAAAGACACACAUCGGUCGUUCUAGUCUGUGACGCUACAGUUUGUAGUUGUGUGUGUUGCAAGGACGUUCAGCAGUUCAAGAUGUUUCGUUGCCUUCUGUUUGCGGCGCUCGUCUCGGUAACUCUGGCCUCAGUUAAUUUCAGUUGCGGUGCAAAUGGAGACAUCACUGUCGUCGAUGUACCCCCAACUAAACAAUACGGAUUUGCCAUUGAGACGAGUUCAUCAAAACAGUGCACAUACUCUUUUAAUUCUCCCACGAACAGCGCAAUAAUCUCUGGUUGUGAUAAGGACCAACAGAUUUUACUUACGCUGUCUUCAUAUAACAAUAUGACGGCAAACGGUAUGCAAGCUGCGGUGUAUCCAGACUCGGGAUCAGCAGAGAUAAUAACCUAUGUAAUAACCUGCCAAGAAAUACCAGCGUCUGGUAUAACGAAAACGUUGAACCACACCCUUGCGCCCGCGCUUGUCACCGACGGUCCGAGGACGUUCUCGCCAGCUAUUGCAAUCGACGCUGCGUUGGGUAGGUAUACCGCUAAUGUCGGAGACCUCGUUGAUUGGAUCCUUACCAUCCCUGUGCAAUAUAUUGCGACAGUAGAGUCUUGUGUGGCUGAAGCAGUAGGGAACUCAUCCAAAACAGUGACGCUUAUGACGAACAACUGCGCUGUCCCUCCAGCCUUAAUGAAACCCUUUUCCGCUUCUUAUGACCCUACCGCGACAGCAACUACACACACCUACACUACUAAACUGACCGCCUUCCAGUUCUACGGACAUAAUCAAGUCUUGAUAUCCUGCAGAGUUAAAGUUUGCCCGAGUUCUGCUGGCGACUUGUGUAAAGCGCGAUGCCCUGGAGCUUCUCGCCGACGUAGGGACGCACAAUCCACAGCCCUGUCGACCAAGGACGCAGAUUCCAGUGACGGCACAUUUCUCUACCAGACUCGGAACGUUCUCUUUGUCAAUGACCCAUUCACCCUUUCCGCUGCCAGUCUAUCAUUGCCAUCGCUCUUUGCCAUCGCUUUCGCACUCUUCGCUGCCCUUUGACGUAGUCGUCUGAGCGAAGUCACCUUCACGACGUCACCUUCACGUCGUCCUCUUCACGGCCAAUGACGACUAAGAACCUUUUUGACCACAUUAAUGACGGAACAGUUUUGUGUUUGUUUUUUGUUAACCAUAGCAUCAAAAUAAAAAAAGUAUAGUUGAUAAAAA